CUUUGCGAGAACCUCCUUGCUGGUUGUCCAGAGGCGCGCUCCUCAUCCGAAAGUCUGGAGAGGUUAUAGUGUAGCUCUUACUUAUAACGACUCGCUUUGAUCUUGAUGGCUAUGGCAAUUCGUCUGACGAUUAUUAGAAAUUACAUAACGACGUCUGACAUCGCCGGAGGUAGUUGAAACUGUUAGAAGGAACGAGGUAAAGAGUAUCGAACCACUUGAAAGAGACACGAGCGGCGUUGCUUAUUAUUUUGGUUAUUUCGGUAGGGGUAGGAAUUGACUAACGUUCGCCAGCUUCUCACUAUUGCGACGGAAAGCGGAAAAGCCGGGCAGUCUCUAGUAGCAUGCAAGACAAUACCACAAGGAGACACCACUGCUAGAGCAGAAGAGCAAGCAGCUGAUACGCCUGCGAUAGAGGACGAGAAGGAUUUAGAAGCGUGGCAAGCUCGCUGCAUUUCACAGAAACGCACUAUCAAGAUCUGACUUGUGCGUCUGCUUUUUCGCCGUCUCAGGUCCACAACUCCACCGACACCCCGGAAAGCCGCCAGCUUAGAAAGAGAGACGACGAAAGACAAUUUAAAAGAGCGCAGACUGUCCUUGAGUCGGAUACCUUUGCACUAAGAACCUCCCUGAAUUUCAACAGCGUGGCCAGCUUUUUGUGGUGGACAUGAUGACUCUUGACAACUUUCCCGCGCAAGUUGUAACAGAUGCGAACGAAAUAGUCUGACCAUCAGUCACGCUUGUGCAUUUUGGGAACAAGAGCCGCGCCUUUUUAUCCAACCACCUGAUAGCCGCACGAAGUCUAUUGCAACUUGUCCCGGCAAGUACCAGUAGACCAAACUCACACGAGGCCAUCUGCUCCAGACGUUGUGGCUUCUUGCUAGCUCGCCACGGGAUCACUUUCGAUCACCAACAGCUUGCAAACAGUGGACGCCUCAUCAUCUGCGUCUCAUGAGUUUCGGCACAUGCUUAUGCUAAUUAUGGUGAAAAAGUAAAUGCAUGAUUGAGAAAGUUUCUCUCUUCUACAUAGUCUCGCAGUAAAUGAAUGGAUAAGAUUUAAAACAAUACAAUAAAAAAGUCCUAAUCUAAAGCAAGAACUUUAGACCAUCAUCUAGUUGGAUAAUAUUCAAAAAUCUACGCGAUGCCUGGCAACGCUGGUAGUGGAGGAGCGACCACGAAGGCGCGCCGCCUACAGCGUCACAAUACCAACGACGUCGCAGCUGAAAUUCGCGCAAAGACAGGGACUCCGGUACUAAUAUUUACUCUCGUUAUUAGCUAUCGUCGUCUAUGGGUGUAAUUUUUGGAGGGUCUCUACUCUGUUGCGUUUUCUUUGAACUGAGUAGAUUCCGACUGUUAGCUUAUUCUUGUAGCCCGAGCAGAUUACAGAAACCAGCUGGACUAACAACAAGCAUCAGCGGCACUCUCCUUCCGCUCAAAUCAUAAACAAGCCUCCGCCCCUUUUCACACUCUAAAAAAUCUAAAUUUAACCUAAACAGAACACCGCGGGCGUGAUUUCCUGCACCAAGACGCUACGCAACGAUCAGCAAAACGCCAAAACGAGAGCGAUGGGCCGCAUUGAGAGGCAUGCGGAAGUGGAGGAGGCGAAGACUGAGGCGGAGCUUUUCUUAGAGCACGAAAAAUCGACUGCAAAAGCUCUGAAGAAGAUUCCGGGCCCCAUUCGGGGCAUCGUCACGGCUGUCCGUGCUGACAAAGUAUCAGCCAAGGUCCUCGUGCUCAAGAAGGGCACGCUCGAAGGCACGGACGACGAGACGAGCAGACGGGUCGUGGUAUUGAUGUUUUUUUUUAGAUGUAGGACGGUGGUAACUCUAGCGGAGAUCUUUUCUUAAGGGUAGCAAAGAACUCCAGUGAUGUUGUUGAAAUUAGGUUUCUUAUGCAGUAUGAGCUACAGUUUUGCAGUCGCACAAGUUGUCACCCCAUCAACUUCAGCUCUUGCGAACCCCUCUCAAUUUUUCUAAAUUUAAACCAGCAGAGUCAUCUCGUCGACCGGUACAAAGGGAUCAGCGAUGAGCAAAACUGCUCGCGCGCUUUGGCGGCGGGCUCGUAUCUGUCUCCGCUAUUGCCGGACACUAACUGCAAGGUCUUGCGCGAGGUUGCUGCUGCUCAUGCAUACGCUGAAGGAGCGGCGAAGAGCUACAAGUCGGCUAAGGAGGCACGUGCGAAGAACUUGCAACAGCUUGACGCUUGGAACACUGGCAAAGGGCGGGCGUUUUGCAUGGGCGCUACGUCAAACCUCCGCCAGCUUGUGCAAAGUUGCACGCUCAUCAACACGGCCAUCAAGGAGCAAAAAGUCGGCAAGUUGGAGGCGAAGCUCUUGCCACUUAUCGACGGCGAGCCAAAGCCACUCAGUCCGCAACGUGUUUUCUUCUAUGGCAUCAAGACGGUAAUUUUUCUCAACUACACGCUCAAACUUGCUUAGCUCUCAACUACAUACUCCGUCGCUCUUCAAAUAUUUAACAACUAUGAAACUCCUAUAGUGAAAAGCUAAAAGCUGAGCAACUUUCUCUCCUAGUUCUCCCCCCGACGUUAGCAAAUUUCAAAAACUUGCAACUUCUCCAGGCCUUGGCCACGGCAGCAACCGACGAACGCGCUCUGUUUGUGCAGACCGGCGCCACGUCUUGGCUGA